CAGGAUUGGCAAAAGUCAGUGUAACACGUGGAGCAACUAAUUUGGGCAGAAAGUACUUGAUGGCAGAGACCUCAUGGGAUUGCCAAAUUAAUUGGAGAAGCAGCUUGUAAUGCUGAAGAUCUCUUGGUGAAUAUGGAGCAAGAGCCAUCGGACUUCCUCCUAGAUGCCCUUCUUCCCGUCAUGAAAGGUCUCAUAGCUGAAGCUCUGUUCAAACAUUGUAAUGAGGAUGUUAGAGUUACACUGGCAUCUUGCCUCAGUGAGAUUCUGAGGAUAACGUCGCCAGAACAACCAUUUAAUGACGAUCAAAUGAAGGCAAUUUUUCAACUGAUCGUGGAGGCUAUUUCGAAGCUAUCUCGACCGUUGACACAGUGUUAUGAAAAGGCCCUCUCUAUACUUGAAACCGUUGCAAGGGUCAAGGCAUGUCUGCUAAUGCUUGACCUUGAAUGUGAGGCGCUAGUUCUUCAUAUGUGCCAACAUUUAUGGGUAUUUACUAGGUCAAAUCCAUCUGCUGAUGAAUAUUGGGCCGUGGAACAAAUAAUGGCCGACAUCCUCGCUGAAAGUGAAGAUAUCAGCCCAGAUCUUCUGAUCCCUCUCCUGGCUAGUGUGCUUAAGGAGAAUGAGAGAGUGGCACCUUUCUGUUGGAAAUUGGGAGAGAAACUGAUCUCCGAUUAUGCAGAAAAGUUGAGACCUAUUCUUAGGGGAGUACUUCAAUCAAAAGGCACCACUUUGGAUGAUUAUUCUCCUGUAGUGGCUUUAUUAUACCAAAAUGAAUCUACUACAGAGCAUAAUGAUACUAGUGGUUCUCCUAAGCAAGGCAGUGCUGAUUAUCUAGACUCCAAGGGUGCAAUGCUUCAUGGGAAAAGGGAACUGAAACCCAAUUCAUCUAUGAGACCCGAGGAAGAUUAUGAUGUUUCUUGGCUGUACAGAGAGGGUCAAACUACUGAACAGCCACAUAAAAGAAGGAUCUCCGUAAGCAGAAUUGAAUUGAAGUCAAAUGUGGAGACUGUGCGAGGUGAGGCAGCUCUGCUCCCGAUUGAUCUUAGAGAGAAAAAAAUGAAGCUGCCAACCAAAGGAGGAAACAACACCAGUAAAGGCACCUCAAGGGAGUCUGGGGUGCUUGCUGAUGGAUUAGUUGGUCGUAGAAUAAAGGUCUGGUGGCCAUUGGAUGAGAUGUUCUGUGAUGGCCGAAUUCAAUCCUACGACCCUAUAACAAAAAAGCAUAAGGUCUUGUACGACGACGGGGACAGAGAAACUUUAAACCUUGAGAAGGAAUGGUGGGAGUUCAUUGAGGAUGAUUUGCCAGAUGAACAUCGACAGGUGGCUGAUAAUCCCAAACGCAUCACUUUACCCAUCAUACUAAGAAAGCAGAAUGGGCAUGAUGAAAGUUUUCAGUCCACGAUGAUAUUGAACUACAAAAAAUAUGUUACGAGGGCCGGAGCAGUCACCAGAUUGCUAGUUGAAGAAGCGCCAAAUUUGGGCCACCAAAAUAUAGGUGGAGAUGAGUCUAGUGACGAUGAAAGCACUGAGGAUAAUGUCUUCGAGUUCAGGGCACGAUCAAAAGAUGUCCAACUCGAAAAUCCUAGUGUGAGCACAUCUGAUGAUUCAACUCCAGAAGCUAGCCCGCCAAGAGCAAUCAAGGUUGGAUCAAAGGAUUUGCAGCUCGAAAAUGGUAGAAGCACAUCCAAUGAUUCGACUCCGGAAGCCAGCCCGCUUAGAUCCAUCAGGGCAAAACCAAAGGAUGUUCGGCUACAAAGCACAUCCAAUGAUUCAACUCCGGAAGCCACCCUGCCUAGAUAUAUCAGGGCGAAAUCAAAGGAUGUCCGACUACACAGCACAUCCGAUGAUUCAACUCCGGAAGGCAGCCCACCUAGACCUUGGGGAUUGUGGCGGAGUCGGCGUCACUAAUUCAAAAGUCAAGGGUACAGAAACAGCUACAGUUUUGGUAAAGUUGUAGAAGUAAUAAAUCUUAAGAAGGCAUCAAUAUGCAAGAGCUAGGCCGCUGUACAAAGAUACAGAGGUUGAAGAAGUUCCUGAUGUCCAGGAGCUUUUUAGUUAUCAGCCCUUGUAUAGGCAUAGAUUCUUUUCUUGCUUUUGUAAAUUUGAGUCGAUUAUAAUUCUUAGCAACAAAAUAGACAAAGCAAGCUUGUAAUGAGUUAUGGCUCAUAAUUCAUUUUGUCCAAAAUGGAAUCUAUAUUCCACGAAAAAUACUAUCUAACCUAUGUCUGCAUUGAUAAUGUAAAUUCAGCUUUCCACGUC